GUCUUCUCGCACGACUAGACCUCAUACCCAGGGGACCGUGAACAUAAUAGCAUCCCCCAGCCCAUAGGGUUUUGCAAAAAGAAAAAAUGACGGCAGCGCGAGGAAAGAGCACGAAGACGAGCGGUGGAGCCUACGUCUACACCGCGUCGACGGGCGCGGUGUAUUUCUCCAUGCGGCCUCUCGUCCGAACCGCGCCUUCGUAUUUCCACAAAAUGCACAAGAACCGAACCGUCUUCGCCCAAGGGUCGGAAAAUGCCACUGAGAAGCGAAAAACAACCAACAUCGAGAAACAACAAUUUCCGGGCGGCAGCUCAUCUGCAAAGUUCUUAACGCAACAAGCAAAGAAGAGACUCGAGGAAGAACAACAAAGCCGCUUCAGUACUCGGAGUGUUGCCGCAAGAAAUGCUGGACAACGACACCCCGCAACAAGAACCACAAUUAGAGGUGACAUCGAUGUGACCAGACGGCCAGGAAUAGAAUUUUCUUCACCUCCUCCGUACCAGCGACGUGCCAUACAUGAGCAAGUAGUUCUUCAAGAGGCAAAUGCAUACACCAACUACGAUGCACGCACCGUUCAAUCUCGCGAUAAUUACAAGGCUUUCGUCCGCCGCUUCAAUGCACCAGAAGAGAUGCCCCCGGGUUCGGACUGCACACUACGACAACCACCUACAACAAUUAGGAGUAGGACGAGAAGGACAUCGAAUCAUGGUUCCGCUUCUCUACAUCUCAAGCGAAAAGGUAUGAUGCUACAGCUGAUCAGAGUUUCUUCAAAAAUGAAGCAGAUGAAGUAAAAAGCUGUUAUCACAAAAAUCUAGUAAGUAUUCAGGAGCAGCUACAGAUACAAUUCAAUUAUGUACAGGAUUACAAUAUCUGAAAACUACAGUUAUGUUCUUACACUAAUAUGACUGUUCCCAACAUCCAUAUCAAACCAAGGCACUAUGUCGAGGAAACCCGAUGCGGGAGCAAAUUCAUUUGACGCUGUCAGAGCCAAUGGACUUAGACAGUCUUCCAGUGUUGAACGUGAACGAAAAGCCUUCACGCCUCCAGCCGUUUCACUCAGUCCGCGACGGCCGUUGCAAAGUCCCGGGCAGAUGUCGCCUUCUAGAUUCAAUCAGCAGGAUAGUCCAGUUGAUCAAACAACAAAAAAAAUUGGGGUUCAUGAAACAAAAAGAACAACUGGAGUUGCCCACAACGGAGAAACGAGUGGACUUCAUCAAUACAACACUUCUACGAACACUACAACUCAACAACAAGCCGCUUCUACCGUACUGACCCCGGCGGACUUGAUGCUGUCGCGGACACAGAGUCGGAAUCAAUUGCUCUCUUCGCCAAGUCCAAGUCCUCGUUAUGAGCAUUAUUGUUGGUUUUUUCUCUUCUAAUGAAAACAACUUUGCUUCAUCAUGAUACAAGUCUUAUGUGAUGAAGAAUGUUCAAAUAGGUAUGAGCUAAGACCGCGAUGUCCAUCGCUUAUUAUGGGAGAAAUGUCAGCAUGAUCUAGUUCUUCUUUCAUACCCACGGUCAACCAUCGCCAAAAGCACCGGCGCCACGGGAAUGGUGGGCCGACCACAAAAGUGUGAAGUGUGGACCACUGAGGGUUGGACUCCGCCAAGACGCUUACAGACAUUAAGGCUUCACUGUAUUCCUCGUGAGAAGCAUCUUCUUAAGCAUCUUCUUUGGUCCCAUGUUUGAAGGCUUAGCAAAGGCGCCCCAUUGUAUCAUACCCUUUCCCCCUUCAUCUAUAAGAGAAAAAAAAAGCCGCCAAAGAUGAAACUUUCAAGAUGUUGAAUAAAAUGUGGGCAAUGUUGUGGUCUUCUAAAGACAGUGCGUUCGUGAAAAACGACAGCAACGAUCAGCAGAGCUAUUGAGUGCUAUGACAUCCCCAUCUGACGACUUACUGGUGGAGAAAAAUGCGUUCCGACACAUCGUGGCACGCUUGUACCAGCCGCACAGAAGAGCACGAUCUGCGUCGCCUACGUUGGUAGGUGGGAAGAAGAAACAUCUUCAGAGUGCUGGUGGUGCAAGAAGUACAUCCUCUCCUUCGAACCAAAGGAUUAAACACGAGGGAGAAGAACUAGGUGCACCGCAGUCACCUACUCAAGAUCCCCAUCACGACAGUAGCAGAAGUCCUGGCACUUCCAGGUCAUUGAGUAAUAGACGACAGCGCCUUGAGUUAGAAAUGAAGUUGCAAAAUGGUACGUGCUUAUACGCAAGAGGAAAAGCUGCGAGAGAGAGAAAAGACUUUGAGCGCUCAACCAUCCUUGCGGAACGUGCACUCGCAGAAACUGCGGCAUGCACUUUUCAACCCGACGUCUUUGUCUCGCAGCUGCGUACUACAGAUUAUAUAUAAGUUUUUGAUAUGGGUGGAUAUUGUAGGUGCAGUAGACUUGUGUUCUAAUUAGCAUGUACAAUUCCUGCGUACUGCCGCACUACUUAAUGACUUCUACUUGUAGAAUUACAAUAACGUGCUGAACUUUUUAAUACUAUGCUGGCUCAUCAUCAAAAAUAUUUUUAUCACUUUGAUACCAGUUUUGGACACCACAUCUUCACAGAAGAACGGCAGAAAGAGAACGCGCGUUUAAUUGAGUGGGCUCAAGAACGUUGGGCGUCUGCUGUGGAAGGUAGUCAUACAUCAUCUUCAUCAGUGCAACUGGGCGCUCACAAAAAGCCAACUUCCCAACCAAUUGCGACGCCACGUGGCCACGCAGCCGCAGCAAUCUAUCUGAAUCAGAAAAGCGCAUUGCUGCAGAGGGACUCUUCGAAGGGGAAAGAGGUGCCGAGCACCGUUCUUGGUGACAGAAACAAGAUCUCUAGCACGAACAGUGGUGGUGGCGGGAAUAGUACAAAUAGUGGUACUACUAGUGGUAAUAACAUCGCUGUCACUAUCCGUGGCGGUGGUGGCGUUGGCAGACGGCCAGAGUCAGAACAACUGCAAUCUCUGCCUAAGAGGCUUACAUCUACGGUCACAUUUGUUGACCCUAGUAGUGCAGGAGCAGCAGGGAGAGUCGUUGGAGUUCAACAGGCGGCAACCUCCACUAACAGUAGUACCAGUGCAGGUAUAUCAAAAAAGUCUCUAUUGAAAAAUAGUUUUUCUCCGAGCUUGGGUUUUGUGUCUGCGAAUUCUUCAAACUGUGAAAUGAAUCGUGCCUCGACGAGUCAGAGAACGCCAAGGAUGUUUUCUGCAACCUCUGCGGAUCAUGGCUUUGCCUCGUUACAAGAAACAAGCAUGCAAGUCGACACUAGAAAUAACGAUACUAGAAAUAUCGCUCAAGAAUCGCCUGCUGCCUUAGUGCGGAAGAUGGAAAGGAUACUGAAUCGAGGUGCAGGACGUUCAAUUUCCCCACAAACAAGAGCGAAGCAGAGACCGCGUGCAGUGGACGUGCUGCGAUUGAGUAAUCGGGAUUCCACACCAGCAACUGCGACUGUGGAUCUUACAUUAAGAGAGAAUCAAGUUCGAGAUAUAAAGAACACUGAUUAACUUGUUCAUGUUUUAAUUAGUUGAGUUCAAAAAUAAGCAAAAAGAACUAAUGGUUGUUCCUUGUUCAUUUUUUAGGCAUCGGGUAUUGUUCAUGAAACGACUUGAACAGGGGCGAUCACGAUGUUGACCUUGUCCAUUUUUUCCUAGUUCUUCAACUGAUUUGUGCUUACUUUUUUGCAGGAGCCUCUUCUAAUAACAUCCGAUGCUGACGAACAGAUCGAAGAGGAGAUCAAGAAAUCUAGUGGAAGAACACCCGCAGCUGGACCAUCCUCUACGAGUGCGGGUAAGAACAAUAUGGUGAGAUUCCUUGCGGGAGAAAGAAAAGACAAUAUCAAAAAUGCAAAAAAUCACCGUUCCCCAUCGCCAACUUCUUCCAGUCGCAAAAACAAUAAAACACCUGAAACAACAAGUAGCAGUAGGCGUGCUUCGUCUUCGUCAGCUCAGCGUGAAAGACUUGCUCGACAGCGGGAACUUUCCCUAGCUUGUCCUCCACGCUUUGCAGCGCCUUUGCGGAGAACGCCUAGGUGGUGUCGUGGAGGCGGACAAAGGGAACAGUCACGGUCACCCAACAUUGGUCCACGUCCAAGCUCUGCUCCACCAAGGCAACAGAUUACUUGGGACCGACAACAGAUGGAGGAAAGACGACAAGAACGGUUAUACGAAAAGGUGUAUGAAAUGCUGGCAGGGAAAAAGAGUGUUAAGACAAGGGCGGAACUCAAAAAUGCCUCUUCUUCAGCAUUUACCUACAACAAGACAAGUACGCACUCCACGUCUAGUAGAUCGAGGCAGCUUCAGAAGCAAUAUGAGAAAAGUGGUGGUCUUACGAAUGAGCAGCUUGGAAACUCUGUCAUCGUGGGAGUUCAAUCGACGAGUGACGCUUUUGGGACAGUCGCAAACGAUUUCAAUCCAGGCGGGAGAACUAACGCAACCUCUUCUAUCACUGACUCACGUAACAACAAUAAGAACACCGAUAGUGGGGUUCAUAUGUACUUCUAUCCAGCAGAGUCUUCUGAUGGGGGAGCUGGGUCAUCAAGUCGAAACAACAUAUCCUCCGCGUUUACCUCAAUGAGUGCAGCUUCUUCUAGGGAUUAUUUUGACGUGGAGUCGUGUAAUCCUAGGAUUACCUUAAGGGCUACCAGCACAAUGCAUUCUUCACUACCAUCCUUGACUUCUUGUUUUCCUGGGAAAAGCAGCUGUCUUCCUUGUUCCUAGUAGUGAUUGCUGUCUCUUCUUCCUUAAGGUUGAACUAAAGUGAUAUUGAGUAAUUACUUCCUUUUAGUUGUCUUCUUAGAGUGUUUACUUCUACUUCCUGAGCUUCCGCCCUACUUCCUGGUGUCUGUUUGAAACAUUAGCUUUCUUUCUAAGUUAGUUCCUCAGUUAUCUGCUUCAUGCUGUGGUGAAUCCUUCAUGCUGUCUUUCACAGUUUUUUUUGUUGAUUGCGAAACGUACUGCGCCCCUAUAGGUGGCCAGAAACAAUUUCUGAAAUCUCCAUUGAAAAAGGGUCAGGGAUGAUUUGAGGAAUGUACUGUGGCAACCUCUAACUACCUCUAUUUCUAGUAACCAAGAACAGCGAGCAGCAGCUUCUAGACCACAGAGAGCACAAUCUUCAGCUACAAAAGACGAUAGCGAAUAUGUGUUUCACCAUUGGAUUCCGUCAACAGCUGAGCUUCUGUACAGUAACCGUUCUGGUGCAGAUAUUGUUGUUAUCAAGGAGGAAGAGGAGGAGGACGAGGGUGAUGACCUUCAAGCAAAGCAAGACACACGCGCAGCUACUGCUACAGCAAGAGGGCGACAAAUCCAUGUUGGUGAUCAAGCAGAGGAUGGCCACAGAGGACCAGAAAAGAAGCACUUUUCUCAAUCUAGUAAGGGUACUAGUACUACUAGUAUGAGUAGUGUUUCCACACCUGGUACUACGAUUGAAGAGAUCGAACACCGACUAUCACAGGCGAGAGAGCAAGCGGCCAGUGGGAAGUUUAGCUUUAGUAGUUGCGCAAAAGAUGAAACUGAUAUUGACUAGAAAAAAUGCUAAACUCUAGAACUGUCCUAUGAAGAUUUUUUGUAAGACAAAGUUACUGACACACUUUGUUUCAUCAUUACAACUCCAUCCAGAUAUGGUAGAAAAAUUUUACAUUUCCUUUUUCAUUCACUCAGACGAGUUAAUUUCCGACUUUCGUUUGAAUUGUCAUCUUCAACGGCGAUUUGGCCGUCGUGGCUUCAAUUGUCAUUCGUGUCCUUGUCAUUGCAGUUCUUGUAGUUCUUCGUUCAUCCUUAGUGUUAGUACAUUCACAUUUCCAACAGAGCAUUCAGUAGAUACUUCCUUUUGUUCAUACAAAUACCCUUCAUCAAGGUGCACACGAAAACGAGUAAACAAGCAUAGUGCCAUAGUAUGGAUAUGUACGUAGCAUAGUCAUUAGGCAGUGAUAAAACGCAAACUUUGAUAUUCCGCUUAUCGUCCUAUUACAAAUUUAUUAUAACAGCUUCUUCUACAACACGCAAGUUAAUUCAACAGCGCUUUUCAAUCCGAUUUAGCUCACAAUCCAAAGUUCUUAGCCUUCUAGACAAUUGACGUAGUAAGCAAAAUUCGUAGCCUAUGCCGUAGCCGUAUAUUGUUCAAGAUAAUCUUCAAUCGUACAUCGAAAGAGUAGACAAGCUCAAGCGAUAGCCUAGGAUCAUGGCAGCUUAAGUGAUAAUUCUGUUUUUCGGCCAUCGACAAUGUUGUGAAACGCGAAUAGCCCGGUGUACAUAUAGGGCCUGUAAAGAAAAUGCUAGCACCAAAUGCUUUUCGGGAAAAUGUACCAUAUUCUUUUGUGCCUGAUAUCACCCUAUCGAAGCGCCACAAAUUCAACGUGGCGACUCGCAGGACACAGUUAGGAGAUUUGGGUUGCGGCGUUGUGCAUCAAAACAUUUGGAUGUCAUGGGG